AUGCUCUCCGGGCAGGCUCGCCGCGGCGUGUCUGCCACCCGAGCACUGGCAUUGAGCCAUGCACGACCACAAUUGCGAUCAAUUCCUGGUCAAUUGAAUCUUCUGUCUGUUUCUCGGCGUCAUAUCGUCACUAGAACACUGGGACACUGGCGCAUAGAGAGAGUGGACAAUGGCGUCAGGCGAUCUCAGCACCGCGCUCUUGCGACGGCCGUUGACGACUUCAAACUCGACAAUUCCAUUUAUGGCAGCUUCCCUGCACCGUCGCUGGCCCCAUUUCAACAACCUCUGCGCCCAUACGAAUUGACGCCGUUCGACCCAACCUCUCCUCUCACGAUACCCGAGGCACCUGCCACAUCCCCUAUCCACACAAAAGUCAGCCCACACGGCAUCCCUGGUGAAGCAGACGACAUGCUUCUAGUCUUUGAUGCCUGCAUCAGAGUCGGGAAACUCGACCGCGCCGCUCUGGUCCUGAAGCGCAUGAACAUUUACCAGAGUCUCUCUCCUGAGGAGCGCAUCCUUCUUCACAACCAAUACCUAAGAGCCUCGCUGGGGCAGCUGAGAGCAAGUCCAGACCGACGACGAGCCGAACAGCUUCACAAAUUUUACGAAAUGAAUAUCCGAAACAAAGGCCUGCCACAAACGGCCGAAACGGUCGCUUGCAUGCUGAAGGCGUCCAUUCUAUCUGAACGUGGCGCCCGACUGACUCGCCUCAUCACGCGCUACAUGGGGAUGGCCCCUGGCGAAUCCGGGCUGCGUGUUCUGAGCAUGGCUGAAAUUCUGAGCGAUCAAGAUCUUGCCGUUAUUACUGCACAAUGUCCAACAUACAAUUAUUCUGCGGAACCAGACUUCGAGGAGGACAUGGAGGAUGACGGCUCUGGCAACGAUACACAGAUGCUCUCGGAAGACAUGCCUGAAACUGCCCCCUCACCAAGCUCUGGACCUAUUCCCGAACUUGUUCCAACUCCUCAGCGAGGCGAUUCCUUGGUUGCCCUGAAGGAAGGCCUCAAGCUUGUUUCCAAUCUCGAGGGCUUCGACGCCUCAAACCUCUCCAAAGACGAUUUACAUAGCUUGCAGCUCCAGCUCGAGCGCGAUUCUAUCAGCGCCGCUGUCCAAAAAUGGCGAAACCAGAAUAAGCAGCUGCAAAAAGUGGGAAUUACCACUGGCCUGAGCGGACCAACUAAAGAGGGCUCAUUGUCGAGUUAUACAUCAUCGUGGCUUAACGCCAUGGAGGCGCGCAUCAAAGAGGAGAUUGCGCAAGUGGAAGUAUCCGAAAACAAGGCCGUCAAAUCUGAGAGGGACAUCGAAAGAUGCAUCUUCGGCCCUUUCAUCAGACAAUCAGACCCUGCGAGAUUAGCCGCUGUGACCAUCCUCAGCACGCUGAACGCCGGCACCCUCCUUGGAGUCGACAAGGGUAUUGCCAUCCAAAAAAUUAUUACCACAGUAGCCAAGCAAGCGCACGAAGAUAUCGAACUUCAGAAAAAGGAGAAGAAAAAAGUCCGGCGUCGCAAGGUGACAUAUGAUGCUUCCAAAGCGAACCCCGACGAAGUCGCUUCUGUGUCUCAGAUCACAGAAAGCAAAGAAGCGGCGAAGCGAAUCGAAGAGUCUGCUAGUCAGCCUUGGUCCAUGCAGAUCAAGGCCCAAGUGGGAGCCUUUCUCGUCAAGGCGCUCAUUGACUCAGCAAAGGUCAAAGCCAUCAAGCGACACCCUACCUCCGGAGAACUUGUCAGCCAAUACCAACCUGCCUUUACUCAUAUUCAACAGCCACGCAAAGGUAAAAAGGUCGGCAUGCUCAUUAUGCACAACACCCUGGUUGAGCAGCUUAAGCGUGAACCGUUGGGCGAUUUUCUUGCUAAGCACCUGCCAAUGAUUGUUGAGCCGAAGCCGUGGAGGAACAUGAAUGACGGCGGUUUUCUCGAAAGCAAAACUAGCGUCAUCCGAGUCCAGCCAGGAAAUGUUGAACAGCGACUCUAUGCCAAGGCUGCUGUGGACUGUGGCGACAUGAAGCAAGUUUUUAAGGGUCUCGACGUUCUCGGACAGACGGCAUGGCAGAUCAACCGUGGUGUCCUAAACGUUAUGAUGGAAGCCUGGAACUCGGGUGAAGAGAUUGCCAACAUGCCAGCUCUAGAACCAAAAUUCGACGUACCCGCGGAGCCCGACUCGACAGCAAACCCUGCCCUGCACAAGAAAUGGAUACGCGACAUCAAGGCCAUCGAAAAUGAGCGUUCUGGCUUACACUCACAGCGCUGCUACAUGAACCUGCAGUUGGAAAUUGCCCGAGCCUUUCGCAACCAGACCGUCUAUUUCCCUCAUAACGUCGACUACCGUGGUCGUGCGUAUCCCAUGCCUACGUACCUGAAUCACAUGGGUGCCGAUCACGCACGGGCUCUACUUUCAUUCGAGAAGGGGAAACCCCUCGGGGAAACUGGCCUGCGAUGGCUGAAGAUUCACCUGGCCAACGUUUACGGCCUGGACAAGGCUAGCUUUGAAGAGCGCGAGGCCUUUGCGAACGAAAGUGCCAGCCACAUCAUUGAAUCUGCAACCAACCCUCUCAACGGAAGCCGAUGGUGGCUCAAGGCCGAGGAUCCGUGGCAAUGCCUCGCUGCCUGCUUCGAACUGAAGGGGGCGCUCGAGCUGGAAGAUCCAACCACCUACGUGUCUCGUCUUCCAAUCCAACAGGAUGGUACAUGCAAUGGCCUACAACACUACGCUGCUCUGGGUGGUGAUUUGUGGGGUGCAAAGCAAGUCAAUCUGGAGCCAGGAGACCGCCCUGCGGAUGUUUAUUCCGCCGUCGCGGACCUGGUCAAGGAGGCCAUCGCCAAAGACGCUGCUGCUAAAAACAAGUUUGGCCUUGUGCUCGAUGGCAAGAUCACUCGCAAGGUUGUCAAGCAAACUGUCAUGACCAACGUCUAUGGAGUCACAUUUGCUGGUGCUAAGAAGCAGGUUUGCAGGCAAAUUGAUGCUCUGUAUCCCGACCUCGGCAAGCAGUGCGGUAUCCCGAACCUGAUGCUGUCGACGUAUAUCGCCCGACACGUGUUCACUGCCUUGGCUUCCAUGUUUCGUGGUGCUCACGAUAUUCAGUACUGGCUGGGAGAAAUUGGUGGACGGGUCUGCCGGGCCCUGACACCUGCUCAGCUACAGCAUAUCGCCGACGAGUAUGCGAAUGGGUCGACCGACAACAAGAAAGGAAAGGUAGCAAAGGCUUCCAAAGCAGGGAAAUCAGGCUUUGACGAGCUCACAAAACAGUUUCGUUCUACAGUGGUCUGGACAACUCCGCUGCGCAUGCCCGUGGCCCAACCAUACCGCAAGACGACUGCGCGGGAGAUUCGAACUUGUCUUCAGUCUCUUGCAUACCAUUCGAGCGACUCUACCGACCCUGUCAACAGGAGGAAGCAGCUCCAGGGAUUUCCGCCGAAUUUCAUCCAUUCCCUCGACGCAAGCCACAUGCUGCUCACCGCGCUGGAGUGUCAUGAGCGCGGUCUUGAUUUUGCAGCCGUUCAUGAUUCUUUCUGGACUCACGCCGCCGACGUUAAUGUCAUGAACGAGGUCAUCCGAGAUUCGUUCAUCAAGAUUCACGAAGAGGAUGUUAUUGGGCGUUUGGCUGCCGAAUUUGAAACACGACACAAGGGAUCUCUAUUUCUGUCUCACAUCGAUGCCGCGUCGCCGGUUGCUAAGAAGAUCAAGGCUUUGAGGAAGAAGAGCAAUCUCACUCCAAAAGAAGAACUUCUUCUCGAGCAUAAACGCAACUCUCUGCGACUAUCUGGCAAUCCCUGGGACCUGGAAGCAGCUAAACAAAUCAUCACGCCUGCCGCCGUAUACGAGGAAAUGGCCGGCACAGAGCCCGACCUGGGCAUUGCGGAAGAUAUCCGCGACAUUGGUCUGGGCGAGAUUUCCGCAGAGGAUGCCACGGCUGAUGCGGACGAGAACCAGAGAGCUCUUGCGGAUGAGACAGAUUCGACUCUUGACUCCGAGGUGCAGCGAUCCAAGGCGCUUCUCUGUGAGAUGGACGGUUCGUCAUUUGAGAAUGCAGCUCUGCGUGACCGACCAGCGACAAAAGCCAAGGCGUCCGCCAAGAGGCGUCAGCCAGUUCCUGUCUGGCUUCCGCUGACCAUUCCCGACAUUCCCGAGAAGGGCGACUUUGACGUCAGUCGCCUGCGGGGAAGUCAAUACUUUUUUUCUUGA